AUGGCGACCGUUCUCUUGCAUAAAACAUACUCUGUUUUACGUUCUUUUUCUUGUCCUGCAAAGAUGAUUGCUUUUCGUAGCAAGAAGAGCAUAGCAAAGAGAAAAUAUCAAGCCAAACAAAUUCCUGGUGAUUUUGUAUAUUUUUUACAUAAUCAUGUAGUUCCUUUACACUCAUUUGAAGAAGCUGUUGAAAAAUUAAAAGUUUAUUCAGUGAAGGAAAAGAACGAUGUUCAUCAAACGGUUACCAUGUGUAUGAAAUGUCAAGGUUUGAAUAAAGAAAUACCUUCUUUUCGUGGCACAUUAAUGUUACCAAAGAAUUUUGGUGUUGCAAAAAAGAUUCUCGUUUUUGCUGAGGGUGAAGAAAGUCAGCUUGCAAAGGAUUCUGGAGCUGAUAUUGUGGGUGGGCCAGAGUUGAUUUCACAGGUUGAGAGAAAUGAGUUGGAAUUUGAUCAUUGCCUUGCAUCAUUUGAUAUGGCAAAUAAAAUAAAACAUCUUCAAAAAAUUCUAAGAGAAAAAAUGCCUCAUAUUAGACGUGGAAGUGUUACAAACAACUUUGCUGAUGCAAUUCAAGUAUUCAAGCACACUAGAACAUACAAAACUGACAAAUAUGGUUAUGUCAACAUUGCCAUAGGAAUGCUUGAUUUCUCCCAUGAUGAGCUUCGUCAAAAUUGUGAUGUUGUUAUCCAGGCUGUGCUUAGUAAUCGUAAGACAAUUAAAGGUGAAUUCAUUAAGAAAAUAAGUAUCACAUCAACAAGAGGUCCUGGCUUUAGACUACACCAUGAUGAAAUUGUUCCUUCAACAAAAGUUAGAAAAAUUAAUUUACAAACAUCAAGUGCCAAUGAUCAGUUGUCUAUUAUUGGUGCUUUAGCUGUUUAG